AUGCUUCGAUUACCUCAGCUCAUCCUCCUCUCUCCUCUACUGGCAAUCGCAAACUCCCAAGAACUCUCAUGUUCAUCCGCCAACCCUAAUCCAGAUCCGUGUUCGGUCCCUUCGCCCGGUGGUUUAUUCAUCUUCAGACAACGGUUCGAACCGGACACAGGAGGUGACUAUGGUUCGUGGGGUAUAGAUGGUCUGGAAGUAUUAGAUUGUACCACUCAAAAACCACAGGAUACCAGUUCGUAUGCCCCUACCUACACACACGAGGAGAUAGCUUCCUAUUGCCUCAAAUCGCCUUUAUUCGGUGGUGAGAGAGGGUAUAAUGAUGCGGAGAAAGAGUGGGCCCAGAGUGAAGUGGGCGAAGGAGUAGAGGAAGUUUGGGAAAGAACGUGGAACACGGCUGGAAGGUUUAUAUCGACUUUUGACGCCAAGUGUCAGAAGAAGAAACCAAAUACAGGCUCAGGAGUAGCGGAAUUCUUCAUAACACUUGGUAAAUUACAAAAAACAUUCACCACUGCUCAAUUACUUUCCGAUGCGGAUAUAACACCUUCAGACGAUACGACUUAUUCGUUGAGGGAGUUGACCGAAGCACUUUCCACGGGGGAUUAUAAACCUAUCGUCCAAUGCGAUAAUUCCACUUUAUCAUCAGUCCUCUGGCCAUUGAACGUCAGAGGUAAAUUCGAUUCUGGUGCAUUUGAAGCUGCCAGCUCAUUCGAGAGGAAAUCGAAUUGUCCAUCCGAGGGAAUAGUUUAUCCACCUCGAACGACCCUUUCUACCCCUAAGAAAUCAGACGACGAAGAAUGGGAACAUCUCCGAAGACCACCUCCUCGACCGAUCACCCUGUCACACGACGAAUCGAGGAUGUACUAUCGCAAGGAGACUGCCAAGGAGGAUCCGGUAGGUAAAUUGGGAUUGAGGAAGGAACAUGACGAAGAGAGGGAAGAGUGGAAGGAGGAAAGAGCAGGUAAACAAUAUUGGAGAGAUGAGUUGUAA